AUGGAUACUUUGAAAUCCAUGAUAUUUACUUCAUUUUCAUCCUCUUCUUCUUCCUCCUCCUCUGAUGAGGAGUCUGAUGAUGAAUAUAUGAUCACACUUUUAGCAGCUUAUGAGCAGAAUACCAGUAGUAUGCUUCAGAUUCUUAAGUCAAGUGAUAGCUCAAAGAAAAUAGGGGGUUCUGUUGUAGGUCACAAGUAUAUACGCAGAGAUAGAAGGCAAGGUCAUGACAGAUUGUUUGCAGAUUAUUUUGCUGCAAAUCCAGUGUAUUCAGCUACAAUAUUUUGGAGACGUUUUCGAAUGCGUCGUCCUUUGUAUUUGCGAAUUUUGAAUGUAAUCGAAGCACACAAUUCAGAUUUUAUUCAAAAACAAGAUGCAGCUCAUGUAGUUGGAUUAUCUGCCCUACAAAAAAUGACUUCAGCGAUGAGAAUAUUAUCAUACGGUGUUGCAGCAGAUGCAGUUGAUGAUUACAUACAAUAUCUGAGAUCUCCGACACCAACUAACAUUGCUAGGUUACUUGCUAUUGGUGAGGUUCGGGGGUUUCCGGACCGGUCACCUUUGUUUUCUGAUCUUGCCCAAGGUAAGGCUCCCUCUGUCCACUACACUAUUAAUGGACAUAGUUACGAUAUGGGUUAUUACCUUGCUGAUGGUAUAUACCCGCAAUGGGAAACACUGGUUCAAACAAUUUCUUCUCCCCAAGGAGCAAAGAGACAACAUUUUGCAAUGAUGCAAGAGUCUGCCAGGAAAGAUGUAGAGCGGGCAUUCGGAGUCCUCCAAUCUCGAUUCGCAAUUAUAGGUGGUGCUGUACGUUUUUGGGAUCCAAAAAUGCUUGCCAACAUAAUGAAGACUUGCAUUAUAUUACACAAUAUGAUUGUUGAAGAUGAGAGGGAGGAGCACCUUGAUUUUGAUUAUGAAAUUUCAUCUACCAACACACCAGUGCAACUUUCCUCUACUCCUACCAAUGACUUUGAAUCAUUUUUGUCUCGUCAUUUAGGUAUUAGGGAUAAAAAUGCAUAUCAUGCCCUCCGUAAUGAUUUAAUAGAACAUAUGUGGCAUCUUCGCGGUGAAAACUAG